AUGAAAAAAAUUUCAAUCGAUGAUAUGCAAGAAGAGUCUUCCUAUUUGUUUCUAAGUCAGAUGGAAGGCCCUCUAAAGCAUCCCCAAAGAAGAUGCAAAGACAAUCAAAAGGACCUCCAAGCCAAAUCCCAAGAGCAAUCUUUGUAUGAUGCAAAAUUACAUAAGCAUCUAUCUAACAUAUCAAAAACCUCUAAAUCUCCUGUCAUUCUCUUUUAUGGUUCCAGUCGAGAGCAUCUAAUGAUCGAUGCAGAGGAUUUGAGCAACAACGCUGUUGUAGAAGUUGGUGCUUGA